GCCGCCAUGGCCCUGGACGGCAGCGGCGGCGGUGGCGGCACGUGCGUGGCGGAAUUGGAGGCCCUGCUGGGGGCUGGGGGGCUGCAGCUGCUGGAGCAGCAGAUCGUCAUCAUCUCCACCCAGGACGAAGGCCCGCUCAGCGCCGCCGCCGUCCCCGUCACCGCUGAGGGGCCCCGAGAGGCCGAGUUGCUGCUGUUCGCUACGCCCCAGGCGCCCCGGCCGGGAGCCAGCGGACCCAGGCCUGCCCUGGGCCGGCCUCCGGUGAAAAGGAAACUGGACUUGGAAACAGACCAUCAGUACAUAGCUGAAGGCAGCCAGCCAGCCCGGGCCAGGCCCAGACCCCCUGGCAAAGGUGUGAAGUCCCCAGGGGAGAAGUCUCGCUAUGAGACCUCACUGAACUUGACCACCAAACGCUUCCUGGAGUUGCUGAACCAGUCUACAGAUGGCGUGGUGGACCUGAACUGGGCAGCGGAGGUGCUGAAGGUGCAGAAACGGCGCAUCUAUGACAUCACCAACGUGCUUGAGGGCAUCCAGCUCAUCACCAAGAAGUCUAAGAACCACAUCCAGUGGCUGGGGAACCAUUCUGUAGCCGUCAACACCAGCAAGCACCAGAUGCUAGCCAAGGACUUGCAUCAUCUCCAGGAGGCUGAGAGGCAGCUGGACGACUUGAUCCAGAUGUGCACUGUUCAGCUCAAACUGCUCACCGAAGACGCCGACAAUCAGCACUUAGCUUAUGUGACCUGCCAAGACCUACGCAGUAUAGCGGACCCUGCAGAGCAGAUGGUGAUGGUGAUAAAGGCCCCACCUGAGACACAGCUGCAGGCGGCAGACCCGGCAGAGGCCUUCCAGAUUUCUCUGAAAAGUAGCCGAGGGCCCAUUGAUGUGUUCCUGUGCCCCGAGGAGAGCGCUGAUGCAUGCAGUCCGGUGAAGAGUCCCUUUAAGGCAGCUCCUGAAGAGACUGGCCUCAGUCUGGAGCCCACACCUCCGCCCCAGCCGCCACCACCACCCCCCAGCCCCCUCACAACCUCCACGCAGGAAGGCAGUUUGCCCCUGCUCACCAGUGAACAAGAACACCUCCUGUCCCGGACAAGCCCAGCAUCCCUCAGAGCUUCAGCAGAAGAUGGACGCCUGUCUCCGCUAGUGUCUGUAGACAGCCUCCUGGAGCAGGUGAAGGAGGAUUUCUCCAGUCUCCUGCCAGAUGAGUUCAUCAGCCUCUCCCCUCCUCAGGGCCAGGACUAUCACUUUGGCCUGGAGGAAGGAGAGGGCAUCAGGGAACUCUUUGAUUGUGACUUUGGGGACUUCACCCCCUUGGAUUUCUGACACAAAGCAACAGGAAGCUCCCCAGGCCCAAGGAUAGGUCAAGGGGCUCAGGGAGUAGAGGGGGACAUCACAGUGACAGGGAGGAUGACUGGAGUCAUUGGAAAAGGGUCAGAAUCCUGGUGAAGCUUGGCUGCUGGGUGGGUGUCCUUGUAUGUGGAGGGAAGCGUUCGGGCAGCCAGCCUGGGAUCCCUUAACUAGGCCUCCUGAGGCCAUUACCAGCUUUCCCUUCCUACAUGCUUGGAGAUCCUCAAAGCUGCUGUAGCCCCAGGCCCAUCUCCCUCUCCCCCACCUCAUCCUUUCUAAGACUUCCCAGGAGGGGAUCUCUGCCCUGCCAGGGAGUCUGCCCCAAUGAUCUGAUUUUGUCACAAAAGCCACCUAAUUUAUUUCCCCUUUCUCUGGUCCCCUCUCCCCCACACCCUUCAUGUCUGUUCUCUUCCAUGAGCUGGAGUUCUCUUACCCUCUAGGGCAUCGGAGGACCCAGUGAGGGCCCUUGGAGGGAAGGAGCUAGCAGCGGAUGUGGGGGCUUGUGUGUGAUGGGGGUGUUAAGUGCACUUUUGCUCAUUUUCUCUAUAUGUAGGUCUCGGAGACCCCUGGUCCUUCCUAGGACCGGAGUCCUGGACCCAUCCUCAGAGCCUUGCCCGUGCUGGGAGGCCAGGGGGUCAGGGCUUGAGUAGCCAGAGUCCUUCCCCCAGCCAUCCAACCAGCUAGCUAGUGCUGGAUGAAAGGCUGCAGCCUCUCUGGGGGCCCAGGCUGCGUGAAGAGAGCACUUUUGUCGUCUUAAAAGGUUAUUUGUUGCAAAGCUUUACUAAACUGCAUUGUGUGCAAACUUAUUUAUUUAUUGAAGUUGGCCAUGGCCGGCCCCCACUUCCCAGGUGGAAUGGGAGCUGGGGAACCAGCAUCCCUGGGGGGAGGGAGGGGCAGAGGCCCACAUGGCCCAUGUGUGUCCUUUUGGGCCCAGAGGAAGAGGUAGAGGGACAGGAGCUCCUGAGCCUCUGGGGCCUGGGGCAGAAGGCCAGUCAGGAAGGAAGAGGGGCCAGGCUGGAUCCAAAGGGGGUUUGUCCCUUUACCCUUGUUCCCCAGGAUAGAAGCAUUUUGAGGUCUGAUUUUAUUUAUUUAUUGGAAAUGGCAAGAGGGAGAAAGUUAUAGGCCAGGAGCAAAGAGAGACUAUAGGAGAAGUAGUAUAGGUUAGUGAAAGGAGUUGGAAGGAGGGAAUGGGCUGCACCAAGGGAUUGGUCAGCUUUCUAAGGCUGGAGCCGGAGCUGCAGCAGGAGCCUGGGCUUUUGGGGCUGGGCAUGAUGGGAAGGUCAGCUUGGGCACCAGGAUUAGGGGCAGAGGUUGUCAAAGUUAGGUGGAGGAAGCAGUGACACAGUAUGAGAGGCGUGUGUUUGUAGACAAGAGAGUCAGAGAAGGGAUUCUUCUGGGGUGGGAUGGAGGGAUUGUGCCCUCCUUGCCCCACCCCUACCAGGUGAGGAUGAGAGUAAAGUUAGCACAGGCCUAAAGCAGCCUUGGGUCCAUACUUUGCUUCUGGCCUGAAGCCUGACUUGGGCAUUUUUUUUUGAGGGAGGGCUAGAGAGAGGGAAGGAGGUAUAGUCUCUGUCCCCAAGUUCUUUGCUGCCCCUGCCCUGGACUGGUGUGUACCAGCCUCUGAGGAUGCAACCCCCAUCACUGAAGUGUAACCAAACUCCCCUACCGGGUUCAGGGUGCAGUUUUCCCUCUCCUCCUCCCCUUACUCAUCCCAUUUGGAUGGUGGGAGGGGGAAGGGCCCCGCCUGUGUUGCCAGGGCCUCCCAGGGGUCUCCCAGGCAGGGCAAGAAAGAGGAGGUCACGGAGAGGGAGGGGUCAGGCCUAUGUAAAAGAAAAAGAGGAAGCAAAUCCUUAAUUCCCUACCUCUCCCCAGUCCUCCAAAUUCCAAUGUCCUCUCAGCUCUCUAUUCAACUGGAGGAGGCUUAGGUUUAGGGUCUGUGGGGACAGGGGCAGCACAUCUCGUGCCAGCUUUUUGUCUUUGGGGGGGUGGGCCAGCUGCUUAUAGGACUUAGUCCUCUCCCCGGCCACAGAUUUGCCUUUCAGACUCAGUAUCUUAUUGUGCUUUGGUUUCAAUAAAUAUUUUGAUGACGUU